AUGUCCUCUUCGUCCACGGUGGGCAACAUCGCUCCCAACGACGGAUCGUCGUCGCCGCCUGCGUCGGCUAUCGUCGCGCAGGCCAUGUCCGGGUCGCACGUAGUCAAGAUAGACGGCUACUCCCGCACCAAGGGGCUUGGCAAUGGCAAAUACAUCAAGUCCGAGACCUUCACCAUCGGAGGCCAUCCCUGGUGUAUGCGCUACUACCCAGACGGCUGUCAGACUGAAGACGCAGAUUGGAUAUCCAUCUAUCUGCAGCAUAGUACUGAUCCAACUGAUGCUAGUGAAGUCAAAGAAGAGUUCAAGAUGAGUUUGCUUGACCAGGACAGGCAACCGGUGGCAUUGUACAGCAGAUGCAGCAGCCACAUAGGCACAUUCUCCAGACUCCACGAAAGGUGCAGCAUGGGCUUCGCUCAAUUCAUCAAGAGAAAGGAUUUGGAGGAAUCCCUUUACCUUAGGCAUGAUGUUUUCAGCAUCAGGUGCGAUGUCUCCGUGUCAAAGAAGAUCUUCACCGAGCCAAUCCCACCGCACGUCGUCCUGCCACCGUCCAACAUGCACCAGCAUCUCGGACAACUUCUCUUGGCCGGCGAGGCGGCCGAUGUUACCUUCGAGGUCGGCGAGGAGACAUUAGCUGCGCACAGGUGCAUACUCGCAGCUCGGUCACCGGUCUUCAAGGCAGAGCUCCUUGGCCCCAUGAAGGAGAAGACCGCAACUCGAGUGCUGAUCGAUGACAUGGAAGCCAGAGUGUUCAAGGCGUUGCUCCAUUUCAUCGACUCGUUGCCCUCCAUGGACAAAGGCGGCGCGACGGAGAUUGCUCAGCAUUUGCUGGUGGCGGCUGACAGGUAUGAUAUGGAGAGGCUGAAGCUGAUCUGCGAGGGGAGGCUGUGUGAUCACAUUCAGGGCACGGUGGCGACCACGCUGGCACUGGCUGAGCAGCACGGCUGUGCUGCUCUCAAGAAGGCAUGCUUCAAGUUCCUGAUGUCUCCGGGUAACCUGAAGGUGGUCAUGGAAUCUGAUGGAUAUGAGCACCUCAAGAGCAGUUGCCCAUCUGUUCUGGACGAACUGGUCGCCAAGCUUGCUCCAUGA